AGAAAAGUUUGUAUAAAAAUAGACACAUGUCAUAAUUCAGGACGUGUGUGUCUUUUAUCUCUCAACUUUGAUCAGACAGUCAUGACUAGAUCUAUGUCUGGUAAAGUGUGUAUUGUUACCGGGGCCACCCGAGGAAUCGGUAAAGGUAUAGCAUUACAGCUUGGCCAAGCUGGAGCAACUGUCUACAUAACAGGACGAACACUGACAGCCCCUAAAGGCGACCCGGUCGGAGGUUCGUUAACUGAUACGGCUAACGAGAUUGAGAGCAGAGGAGGGAAAUGUAUUCCAGUCCAAUGUGAUCAUUCCAAAGACAGUGACAUAGAGGAACUGUUUAACCGCGUGUCUAAAGAACAAAAUGGUCAAUUAGAUGUUCUAGUCAAUAAUGCAUAUGCUGCUGUAAAAGCAAUCUCUGAUAACUAUGGUAAGCCAUUCUGGCAACAGCCUAUCACAACGUGGGAUACUGUUAAUAAUGUAGGACUAAGAAACCAUUAUCUGUGUUCUGUGCACGCAGCAAAAUUGAUGACAGCAAGGAAAACUGGUUUAAUUGUUAAUGUAUCGUCAGUUGGUGGUCUUAGGUACCUGUUUAAUGUACCUUACGGCGUUGGUAAAGAAGCAUGUGAUAGAAUGGCAGCAGACUGCGCUGUAGAGUUGAGAAAAAUGAAUGUAGCUUUUGUCAGUUUAUGGCCAGGACCUGUCAUGACAGAAAACGUAAAGGAUUUAUUAAAAGAUGGUGGUUUUGGUAAAAAUAAACCGGCACCAGGCAAUAUGCCGAAAGUUGAUGCUGCUAAGAUAUUUGAAAAUGGAGAGACAACGGAGUAUGCUGGAAAAGCAAUUGUAGCCUUAGCAACAGAUCCAAACGUUAUGAAGAAGUCUGGUAAAAUUUUGUUGACAGCAGAUCUCGGAUACGAGUAUGGAUUCAAGGAUAUCAAUGGAAAAGAUGCAUUAAAUAUGAGACAAGUGAACACAAUCCUUAAAAUGAACCCGAAGACAGAAUGGAUUGCUAACCUUGUUCCAAAUUUUGUAUACCUUCCGAAAUGGAUGUUGGCUUUAGCUGGAAAUAAAUUUUGAUUACAACAUGUAUGUCGGGAAAUGUUUAAUAUAUUGUCGUACCUCCUGAUACGCAGUGAAAAAAUGACUUUCGAACUCUAUAUGGAUUUUUGUUUAGAAUAAUAUUAUUUUGAUGAGUGUUUGUAAACAAGGUUGUACUGUAUAUUACAUGAUAUGGAUAGUUAAUAAUAUGCAUAGUUUGCUAUAUUAAUCAUUUUAAGGAAAUUUAAGCAAAUAAUGUAAUUCUUCAAACAAUGUUAAUCAAAUUAGAUGCAUUUACGAGU